GUUUGACGGUGGACACAAAAAACUGCGAAUCAAGGAGAGGGACAGCGCCCAGAAUAACUGUAAACCUCUGCAAACUGUGUGGAGCAUCGUGUUGGAAAUGAGACCCCGGUCGUUUUCUCCGGUGUGUCGGACAUUUAAUCAGAGGACAUGUCCUUGGGUUUGUUGAAGCCACAGCGCUACACUCAACUCUCCAAGCAUGCUAGAAUAGUGACAAUCUCUCUCCACUCCGCAGGCCUGUUUGAUCCUAGAGAAACGUGCCUUGUAAGGAAGCAGGAUGUUCACAGGCUCCACAAAACAGCCACCCACUAAAAUCCCGCAGCCCGAGCGGCUGGACGAGGUCUACGCUGCCUUACGGCGAGGCUUACAGUCGUACCUGCAGGUCCACCAGCUGGAGCUGGACAGCCUGGGUCAGCAGUCACGAGAGAACAAGAGGAACGGUCGUCUGGGGUCUUUGUAUGAGCUGGACAAGCAAGUGAAAGCCAUCGAGAGGUUUAUGCGCCGACUGGAGUUCCAUCUCAGCAAGGUAGAGGAGCUGUACGAUGCGUAUUGUAUACAGCGGCGACUGCGUGACGGAGCGAGUAAGAUGGUGGCGGCCUUUAACGUGGCCGUGGGCAGCCGGGAGGCCAGAGAGAGCCUGAGUGAGGCCAACAAGGGCUACAGGGAGUGCACCGAGCACAUGUGCUCCCUUGAGAGUGAAUUAGAAAGCCAGAUGGGAGAAUUUCAUGUCAAGAUGAAGGGCCUCGCUGGCUUCGCACGGCUCUGUUCUGGUGACCAGUAUGAGGUCCUAAUGCGCUAUGGGCGUCAGCGCUGGAGGCUACGAGGCCGCAUGGAAGUCAGCAACAAGCAGAUAUGGGACGGGGAAGAGAACAUCUUCCUGCCUCUCGUCACAGAACUGCUGUCAAUCAAGGUGACGGAGCUGAAGAGCCUGGCCAAUCACGUGGUGGUGGGCAGCGUGUCCUGCGAGAUGCUCGACCUCUUCUGCCCGCUGCCCCAGACGCUCGCCGUGGACAUCAACGACCUCGGGACGGUGAAGCUGAACCUGGAGGUCACCUGGAGUCCGUUUGAUAAGGACGACCAGACGUCCUCCACCAAUACAGUCACCAAGCGGCUGCUGUCCAAUCAAAGCCCUCCUGACACGCCCUCUAUGCGGGAGCAGGUGUUUUAUUCUCUGCUGAGGCGGCAGGGGGAAGUGGAGAACGGCACCGUCUGGUCCAACUCGUCUGAAUCCUCCGACGACUCGUCCAGCCCGGCGCUCGCUCACCACGCUCAGAAGCUCACGGCCUCCAACAUGCUGCAAACCACGCUCACCUCUCAGCUGUCCUUCACGCCACACAAGUCCAGCGCCUCAACGCCGUCGCUCUCCUCCAAUCAGGAGGAGGACGAGACCGAAGCCGGGGAGGUUUUCUCUCAGACGGACGCGGUGCCAAACGGCCACCUGCAGACUUCCUGCUCUCACAGCGAUGACUGCACCGCGGCUGAUCGAGCGUCUCUCCAGUCAGCGGACCUCUCUGAAACCUCGGCAGACCUGAGCUGCUCCUGCCCCGACGUGUCCUCUGUACACGCUGUGUCCACUCAGGAUUUGUCUGAAAGUGGGGUCCCACAUGUGUGUAUUUCAGCAGAGGAGGUAAAACAGUCUGAGGACUUGCCAGUGCAGGCUGGACAGACUGAAGCAGAAACAAAGGACAGCACCACUGAAGCAGCAGAGGACGAAGCAUCAGAGAAACACAGUCAGUCCGUCCAGGAGUCCAAACCACCGCAGGACCCUCCAACGGUUCCUUUUCCAGUUUCUUCUAGUUUCAAUCUAGAAGUCGAGACGGCCCUUGAAAGUUUCGACUUUCUCAACUGCUCUGACCUCGAGGAAGAUGAGGAGGAAGAGGGAAAGGAGGGAGGAAAUAAACAGGUAGUAGAAGAGAAAAAGGAGGAGGAUGCUGCGCAACCUGAAGAGAACCAAAUCAAAAUGGAGGAAGAGAAAGUGGAGGAAGAAGAAAAGGAAGAGAGAUUUCACUCUGGAGGAAGCGAUGACGAGGAGGCUGACGGUCUGCAGAUCCUUAUGGAAGCUCCCGAAGGAUUCAGGAACUCAGAUGAAGAUCGUUUCUCUGAAUCACAGGAAUCGAGCGUGGAGGACGUGCAGGAUCUGUGUCAGAUAGAGAUGCCCGACGAGAAGGAAGGUGACAGCGAGAAAAAGGGAGAAAAUCUACCCGGAGAGCACGUGUCACAUGGCCAGGAGGAGCGUCCCUCCUCUCCCAAACAAUUGGCUACUACCGUCUUCUAAGGACACGGAGGAGCCUCAGCUAAACCAUUUCUCCCACUCUGAUCUCCUCAUGCCAUCUCCCCAUCACGCUGCGGAUCGGAGGCCUUGAGGAUGUUCCACUUUCUGCUCAGACAAACAAGCUCGUCCUCUCGGGCCGAGUUUGUGCACAUAUUUGCCUUGUUCUGACCAAGAACGAUAAGCCUCCAGGUUUCUGCGUUUUGAAGUCCCUCUUCAAACGUCCUUUUCCUUCAACAUGUUCUUCAUCACGUUGCCUGAGUGAAAGCGGGAUACCACUUAGUUUACACUUUAAUAAACUGUUCCUUUCAUGUGAAAAUGUAAUGUCCAAAACAUUUCAGGAACAGCUUUAAGCGGCCUUGUUUUUCGGCUUUAUUACAGUGCAUAUUUUGAAGUAAUCUAAUAUUUUUUUUAAUGGUUUUUAAGUUCAAGUUAAUAGAGUUGUUUCAAUCAACAGAGUAACAAACAAUCACUUACUGAGUUGCAUACAAAACUGUCAGUAUUUGUGGAUGUUAAACUACUUUUAAGGUUAUGAUUCUCAGUGUUAAAUCAGUGUAAAGCCCAGAGCUCUUUCCACUAUGUGAGCAUGUGAUGUCUAAAGAUUUACAUUUUGUGCUGUGGACACAAUCUCAUUUACAAAGCGGGAUCUUUUAAUUUACGUAUCAUCGAGAGUUAACUACUCAAAAGUACACGAGAGCAGAAGUUACAUUGAACCCAGGAAGAUAAGUAAUAUAAGGACUGAAUAAAAACACUUUGAGUUUCUGCUCAAAGCUCAUCCGGUCCAACAUGAAAUCAACCUGCAGUAAAACUAUAUUUAAACCUGCAUGUGUAGCUGCCUCACACUGCCAGCAUGUCUGUAUAGAAGCGUGUGUGCGCCAGCUCCACUGCAGGCAGCCAUCAGGUCUGCAGCUGUGUACAGAAGCCGCCUCAUGGGGGCGCUAUAGUCCUUCAGCAUCUUGCUUUACGUUGUUCUACAAAAGCCUCGACAUUCAGAAAGUGCCUCAAGUGACAGAGAUGUAAGGUUUUAAAAUGCCACGACAGGAGAGAUCAGGCUAAAGAUAACAGUGUUUAUUUUCUGAAUUACUUUAAGAGUGUGCACAAUAAGAGAUAUUUACUGUUUCAUAUAAAGAAUUGUAUAUGUCUUGAAAUGUUAAAAUGUUUAUGUUCAGCAAUGUUUAAACUUUAUAAAGGUUUCUUUAAAAUGA